GUAUAUAAAAAUAAAAAUGUCUAUGCACAAUCAGAGUGAAGGCUCGUUCGAACGGAUUAAUAAAUCCAUGACGGCCGAGAAAGUCACUAAUGAUAGCGACGGAUCAGGUAAAUCUCGCAAGAGGUGCAUUAUCAUUUCUAUCACCAUCUGAGCAUUGGUUGCUGCGAUUACAGCCCUUGUCUUAGUUCUCGUGUUGCAAGGAUCCGGAGGUGGUAUCCCAGCUGGAUACAACGCGUAUUCGGCGGAAGAAGAGGUAGAUGGAAAGUGGUAUUAUGAAGCACUCCUUCAAAGAACACAGAAUGUUACAGCUCCUGUGAGGCCUGACGAAGAUAACGAAGAGUUUGGUACAUUAAGAAUGAAAGCUUCCAUGAUGAACGACCAUACUAUUAGACUUAAGAUCAACCCGGUUACUUCCAACUCCAACAGCUUGAACGAUGCUGAAGAUAUCAAGAGAUGGGAGAUUCCAACAGAACUUCUUGGUAAUACUAAAGAUGACUACGGAAUGAGGCUAAACUGGGCAAACUUUGAUGCAUCAACUAAGCCAGCUGGGUUUGAGAUAUCCAAUCCUAAUGUAAAGAAUCAACAAUAUCUCUCAACGAAAAACAGAAACUUCGUCUUCAUGGACAAGUACAUAGAGCUAGGAUUUGAGAUUGACUCUCGUAAAAUAUUUGGAUUUGGAGAGCGACAGAAGACAUUCGAAUUAAAUACUGGAGAGUAUUCAUCUUGGGCAAACGGAAGAGAUAACCAUAUGGAAAAGGGAGAGAAAGGUGGACACUCUUAUGGUGAUCAUCCUUUCGUAUUAGCCAGACUCAACAGCGGAGCUUUUGUUGGUAUCUUCUUUGCUAAUAGUAAUGCCAAGACUUUGGAGUAUACUCAUGUUGGGAAAAACAAAUCUAUUCUGAACUUCAGAGCAAUUGGAGGAAUUUUAGAUUUUUAUACAUUCUUUGCCGACAACCCAGAAGAUGUGAUCAAAGCUUAUCAUGAUGUCAUUGGGCAUGCUUAUUUCCCUCCAUUCUGGGCCCUAGGGUUCCAUCAGAGUUCAUGGCAAUACGAAACACAAGCUAUGGUUGAAGAUGUACUGAAGAAAUACAAAGAUAACAAGAUUCCUCUUGAAGGAAUGUGGUUAGAUAUAGAAUAUAUGGAUCACUACAAGAACUUUGAAGUAAAUAAGACACACUGGAAAAACAUCCCACAGUUGGCUAAAACGAUGCACAGCAGAGGACAAAAACUAAUCACAAUUGUUGAUGCUGGUUUCAAAGCUGAAGAUCCAAACUAUACUUACUAUAAACUUGGAACUCAAGCAAAAUUAUUCAUCAGAAGUGCUAAAAAUCCAGAUGAUUUUAAUGGAAAUUUGAUUGGAAAGGUCUGGCCUGGUAAGGCAGCAUUUGUAGACUUCCUCGAUCCAAAUGCCAACAAUUUCUGGAGAAAUGGAUUAAAGAACUUGCACAAACUGACCUCUUUUGAUGCUAUCUGGAUUGAUAUGAAUGAAGUUACUACUUUCUGUGCUGAAGAGUGCCCUAAUGAUGACCCUAAGCCUCCAGAGGCUUUUGUACAAACUGCAAGAAAUCUUAAGGAUGAUGAUGAUGAUGAAGAAGAUUGGAGUCCUACUGGAAAAAUUCCGCUGACUCAUUAUUCAAUUUCUCUAGAUGCAAAGCAUUACGGUAAAACUCCUGAAGAAGAAGCUUUGCAUGUUGAGUACAAUUUGCAUUCUCUGUAUGGAAUUUAUCAAGCUAGGGCUACUUAUGAUUACUGGCUCAAAGGAACUCUCCAAGGUAAAAGACCUUUCGUACUAUCAAGAUCAACCUUUGCUGGAGCUGGUAAAUGGACAUCUCAUUGGUUGGGUGAUAACUUUGCUAAAUGGGAGUAUAUGCAUGCUUCAGUUGCAGGAAUAUUCGACUUCAAUAUGUUUGGCAUGCCAUUAGUAGGAGCUGAUGUAUGUGGAUUUCAUAAGCCAACCACUCCAGAGUUGUGCGGAAGAUGGCACCAGCUUGCAGCUUUCUAUCCAUUUGCAAGGAAUCAUAACAAUCAAACUGAUGAAAAUAAACCACUUCCUUCUCAAGAGCCAUAUACUCUUGAAGAACCUUGGGAUAACACUGCUAAACUUGCUAUUAUUCAGAGAUAUUCCUAUCUAAGAUAUAUGUAUACAAGACUUUAUGAAAUUAAUCAGAAUGGAGGAGGAACUUUAAUCAGACCCCUCUUCUUUGAGUUCCCAGAUGAUGAUAAUGCUUAUCAAGGAUAUGAACAUACUUUUAUGGUUGGAGAUGCUUUGAAAGUAACACCAGUUCUCGUUCCAGAAACUAAGCAUAAUGGGAAAAUCAAAUCAUACUUCCCUGCUAAUUCAAGAUUCAUUUCAUUAAACAACUUCAAGACUGUUGUAGAAGGAGGACCUCAAGGACAAAACCUCACUCUUGAAGCCUCAAUGGAGUUCACUAAUGUCCACUUAAGACAAGGACACAUCAUCCCAUUCCAAAACAUGACCAUUGAUCACUAUGUGAUGACCACCAAAGAACUCAUCCAAAGCGAGCCACUUACUCUGCUAGUGUUCCCAGACAAGAACGGUAACGCCGAAGGCUUCGUGUACAUUGACGAAGACGGAGACGACUUCAUUGACGUUGAGAGAAAUGCCUUCCAGUACUACAAACUCAGGUUCAACGACCGCGGCCUCAGCAUUGAGAAACACGAAGGAGACAUGUCUGUGGGACCGGCCAACACUGGCAACCAAGUCAUCGACAAGAUCGUCAUUCUGGAUGCAACCAAGUACAAAGAUGCGACUCUGACCGGCUGUGCUUACGACUACGAAUUCGUUCCGAAGAGCGUCGAAGUUGAGUACGAUGAAGACAUGAACGCUCUUGUGAUUCAGAAGCUUGACAGAGGCGCUUUGUUGUUCAAAGAGGUCAUGGGCAUCCAGUUCUCUGACGCUACCGAUGACACGACUUUCUGCAAUGCUAAGUAUGUUGUCACAAGCAAGACUGCUUCAUCUAGCAACGGUGGAGAGCAUGUUGACCGAGUUGAGUUGAAGAUAUCGAGCGGAGACAAGCCUCAUCUUCCUGACUUGACAGCCGAGUUCGCUCUGAUUGGUGAACAAUACUUGAGAGUGCAAAUCUUCGACCAAGACAUCGAAGAGUUCGAAGCACCUAAAGACGCCUUUAACAGACAAUUCAUUGACUCACUGCCACCAGGUGCAUUCGACUUGAGUGUGAUCCUGACACUCCCAGAAGAAGGAGAAGAAUUCUACUAUGAAGUGAGUGCGAAUGGUGCAAAGACUCCAUACUAUUCAACGAAGGGUCAGCAGUUCGUGUACUCUCCAUACUACAAAAGACAUGCUGCUCAGAUUGAGACUACCGGCCAGAUUUUCGGACUUGGAGAGCGUGUCGGAGAGUUCUUCCUGAGAGAAGGAGUUUACACUAUGUGGAACAGAGACGCCACAAGUCCCAUUGAAGACGGACUCAGACCAGGAAACAACAUUUAUGGAACUCACCCAGUCUACUUCGCUAGAGUUGCACGCAAUGACUUCUUCGGAGUGUACGACCACAACUUCGGAGCCCAAGACUACGUUGUUAAGAAGGCUGGUAAGAAAUACCAAAUCACCCAGAUCAAGACUUCUGGACUCACUGACCAGUUUGUGAUCCUUAAGACUGAUGUCCAAGAAGUCAUUGGAAGGUACCAAGAGAUAGUUGGAAAGCCUGCAAUAGUCCCUGAGUGGGCUCUCGGGUGGCACCAGUGCAGAUACGGAUACAACAACACCGCGCAAGUCAGCGAUGUCGUAGCCAAGUUCAGAGAACACGAACUCCCACUUGACGCCAUGUGGACAGACAUUGAUUACAUGGAGCAAUAUCAAGACUUCACUGUAUCUACCACUGACUUCAAAGACCUCCCAGCUGCAGUUGCCGAUUGGAAGGAACAGUACAACAUCAAGUACGUUCCAAUUCUUGACGGAGGCAUUGCUUACACUCCAGGACAGAAAGGCUCAGCUUAUGAGAGAGGACUGUCAAAGGAAGUUUACAUCCAAGACCCAGUGACCGCUCCUGAGCCAUUCGUUGGCAAAGUCUGGCCUGGUCCAGCUGUGUUCAUCGACUGGUAUCAUGACGAUGCCCAUGAGUACUGGAUCGACGAAAUGAAGAAACUUCAUGAUAAACUCGACUUCGAUGGAAUGUGGAUCGACAUGAACGAAGCCUCCAACUUCUGCAAUGGCCACUGCACCUUGGACAAAGUUGUUGAGAAUUCAGUCCAGAAACAACUGUUUUACACUCCAGGAGGCAGAGACCUCGAUGAAAAGUCAAUCUCCAUUGAUGCCAAGCAUGUUCGUGAAAUCACUGAGUUCGAAGCUCACUCAACUUAUGGGUUCUUUAUGGGCAGAGCAACUUCAGCUUACUUCACCGAAGAAGCCAAGCGCAGACAGUUCAUCAUCACCAGAAGCUCUACCUCUGGGUCUGGCAAAUAUGUUUCCAAGUGGCUUGGAGACAACUUCUCAACCUGGGAAUACCUGAAGUACUCAGUCAACGGAAUCUUCUUGUUCCAGUUCUUCGGAAUGCCAGUUGUUGGAGCUGACAUUUGUGGGUUCAUCGAUGACACCAACGCUAAGCUGUGUGCAAGAUGGUAUGCUUUGGGAGCUUUCUAUCCAUUCGCUAGAAACCACAACGACAAAGAGUCGGUUCCUCAAGAACCCUAUGUUGAGAUGUUCAACGCAGCCAUUGCUCCAGAGAAGACUUAUACCGACUUCUUCAGAGAAGCAGCUUUGAAGAGAUACGCUCUGCACAGAUACCAUUAUUCUCAUGUGCAUGAAAAUGCUAUAACCGGAGUGCCUUACUUCACCCCAGUGUUCUACAGAUACCCCGAAGAGAAAGAAGCAUACAACAGAGUCGAACAAAACAUUAUGCUCGGUGAGAGCAUCAAGAUUUCGCCAGUGGUGACCAACACUACUGUCAAGGGGUCGUUCUACUUCCCAGAGUCAGGGGCCCUGUGGUGUCCAAUCUGGCCAAUGUAUGCCAAGGGCUGUGUCAAAGGAGGCACCUCCAUUUUGACGUUUGUGCCUGAAGACGAAAUUUUGGCUCACAUCAAAAGCGGAAGGAUCAUUGUCACUCAGCUGGGCGACUUCAGGUCUGUUCCAGACGGCUUGAAUCUUGAGUCACUGAAAGAUGUGCCAGUAGACUUGGCCAUCCACCCAAGCAGCAAGUACUCUGCAUUUGGAAGUGUUAGGUAUGAUGAUGGAGAGACUCUGGACUUAGAUGCCUACACCCAGUACGAGUUCACAGCUGAAGGAGCAAGCCCAUUUAUCGGAGCAUCUCAUCUCGACGUGAAUGUCACUGUGACAAAGAGCAGCAGCACAGAAACGCCAAGAAACAACCAGAACUUGGGAUCUAUAGUUGUGUAUAAUGCUGGAGUAUUGAGUUUGGGAAAGAAUUCUAAAUGUCACAUUGAGUUCACUAAUGGAGCCACCGUAGACCUGACUGGAGAAUACAACAAAGACCACAACAUUAUGAGAUUCUUCGUAGAGAAACAAGGAGGAGAAAAGCUGGAUACAAUCACCAAGAUCAAGAUUACAAGCAAGUAAACAUUUAUUUAUCACCGAUA